AUGCAAAACCCCGGUGCCCAUGAGAACACAGCCUUGCAGUUCCAGCCACCUCCCGAGGAGCAGAAUUAUGGAGCUACUGCAGCGCACGUGGGACAAGGUCCGUUUGUGUCUGUGUCGAGGAACAGUCCAGCAAAGAGAGAUUACCUGAUCACUGCUGUGCUGUGCUAUGCGAAUCUAAUAAACUUCAUGGACUGGUUCAUUGUGCCAGGGAUCCUGCUAGAUAUACAAAAAUACUUCGAGCUUAGCGAUGGGGAUACAGGUCUACUGCAAACAGUCUUCAUCUUGUUUUACAUGCUGGCUGCCCCAAUCUUUGGAUACCUCGGUGACCGCUACAAUAGGAAAAUCAUCCUUGGAGCUGGUAUUUUCUUCUGGUCUGGUGUAACAUUAGGCAGUUCAUUCAUCAGUGAAUCGUAUUACUGGAUAUUCUUUCUUUCACGAGGACUAGUUGGCAUUGGCACAGCCAGUUAUUCCACAAUAGCACCUACCAUCAUUGCAGACCUGUUUGAGGAAGGAAAAAGGACCACAAUGUUAUCUAUCUUCUAUAUCUUCAUUCCAGUGGGAAGUGGUCUUGGUUAUGUCCUCGCAGCUGGCAUGGCAGAAGUCACAGGUGACUGGCACUGGGCAUUCAGGAUAACUCCUUGCAUGGGAGGUCUAGCACUGGUUCUUCUGGUUCUACUGGUCCCUCACAGGACCCAGAGAAGGACAGCAGCACACAGAGCACUGAGCAUCUCCGGCACAAUACGGGUCGCGGCUGAGAAACCAGGUGUACAGAGAACGGCCAAGACUACUUGGUGUCAAGAUGUUGUAUCACUUGCCAAGAAUUGGAGUUUCGUCUGGUCCUCACUGGGUCUGACUGCCAUGGCCUUCGUUACCGGAGCCCUGGGAAUGUGGGUACCACUGUUUUUGUACAGGGCUCAGGUCAUGCAGGGCAUUGUAUCCCCAUGCCUCCAAGAAUCAUGCAAUUCCUCUAACAGCCUAAUAUUUGGAGGCAUCACCAUUGGGACAGGAAUCUUGGGUGUCAUUGCUGGGGCAGAAGCUGCAAGAAGAUUAAGGAAGUUAAACAAUAAAGCUGAUCCUCUGAUCUGUGCCACAAGCAUGUUCAUCUCUGCUCUGUGCCUCUACAUAGCCUUGAUGGUGGCCCAGACGAACAUCCUUUCCACUUUU